AUGCUUGACCACAUUGGCAUCACCGUUCCGACAUCGCGUUUCGAAGAAGUCACAGCCUGGUACUUGACCGCGCUCGCGCCGCUUGGUUACAGCAAACACAAGGAAUUCCAUAACCACAGUGUCGGUCUAGGUCCGGACAGGUCAAACAUCGUUUUCUUUAUUACCGCCAAGGAGGAUGCAGAAGUAGCUGCUACUCAUGUCGCGUUCCGGUGUACAGAUAGAAAGACAGUGGAAAGAUUCCAUGAAGAGGCGGUAAAAGCAGGUGGGAAAGACAAUGGGAAGCCGGGAUGGAGGCACCAGUACCAUGCCAAGUACUAUGCUGCCUUUGUAAUGGAUCCUGUUGGCAUGCCAAUGAUGCCCACAUCAGACCGCUUGCAAGUUCUGCUCGAUAGCGCCCGCGAGGCCAACAAGAUCGAGCGCAAUCGUGUCUCGCUUGAGACUUUCCUCGCGGGUCUUCACGAAGAAGACAAAAGCCUCGAUGAGGUGCAGCUGAAGCAGACCCAGGCGACCUCUUUGGUCUCACAGGCUACCCAAACUUCCACCUUGGCAGCUUCAUGCGCAGUACAGACCGACGCAGCAACAAUAUCCCUUUGGGACUUACUGCCCAAGGCUCGCAAAGAAGCCUACGAUCGUGGGUUUCAUGCUGGAAAAGACUAUGGAUACGUUCAAGGCAUCAAGGAGGGCAGAAGCACCGGCAUCACGGAAGACUUGGCAGUCGCAUUCGAACAGGGGCAGGCAGAAGGACUGAAGAUGGGACUGGUGCAAGGCAAAGAAGUCGGAACGCAGCACGGCAUUGAGAUCGGAAAGAAAGUCGAUUUUGCUGACGGCUUUGCCCAGGGCCUGGGGCAAGCGAAUGAGGAGAUCAAGAAGUCCGGGGACAGAUGCACUCAGAGGCAUAUGCUGCAGAUGGAGAUGACAAGAGAGAAGAUCGUUGUGAAGCUGCCUCCAACAUUGGCUACGACCAUCUCAAGAAAGAAGGAUUCGGAGAAGACCAAGGCUGAACGUAAUGGUGUUGAUCCCUUUGCGUCGCUGUUGUGUCUGGUGCACAAGAAAUAG